CUUUGCAUCAGUAUCUAAGAGGAAUUCUACUAGAGUAUUUCUUUCUUUGGUAGCAAAUUUGGGAUGGUCUCUGCACCAGCUAGAUGUGAAAAAUGCAUGCCUUCACGGUGAUUUGGAAGAGGAAGUGUAUAUGGAUGCACCUCAUGGUUUUCCAUCUCCAGAAGAGAAGGUCGGGAGGACAGAGUGUAAGAACUGCCUUGUGUGGGCUAAAAGUGACAAUUUAGCCAGGGACGUGAUGAAACUCUCAUCAGACACUAUGGUAGGCUAUAUUGUCAUGAAAGAUCCGUCUACUGGGGCUAGAAGUAACCUAUUGAGGAUGAGAGGUGCUGGUGUUGUUGGUGUUUACCACCCUUUGAUUGAUGAGAAACUGGUGAAAGUUCUGCAUGGGAGGAAUAAGAAGGUAUAUGCCUGGACUGUUGAUGAUGAGGCCUCCAUGCAUAAUAUGUUGUACAAGCGUGUCGACGCUAUUAUCACAAGCAACCCCACCUUACUUCAGCAUUUAAUGCAAGAGAUCAGAACACAAUGCCUCGACGAAGGCAUUUCUUUGUCAUCUUGAGCACUAAAAAAGUUCCGAUUGUCAAGCUUGUACUAAUGUGGAUAUCCUUUUCUUUCACAUUUUGUGGGUGUUGAAACAUUUUGUUGUAUACGGCCUUUCUUUUAACAACUUGGCUUAAUUAGGCUGACUGGUGCUUACUUUUUUUAUGGG